AAAAAAAAAAAAAAAGGACAGGCAGCAAAGGAAAAGGAAAAACAUUGGCGACACCUGCAGACUCCUAACCUGCUCUCUCUCGGAGCAAAAACAUGGAAACCUGAAAGAAGCGGAAAGAAACAACUCAUUCGGAAUAAAAGGUGCAUUAAUAAAGUAUGUUUAUUAGUCACAACUACUACGCGGAGCAGAAGCGAGCGGCUCAAACACUUUCCAAAUAGACUCCCGGAGCGAGAAAGCGGAGGGAGGGAGGAAAGCGCAGCAGGUCUUUGGUGGAUGGAGAGAAAAUGGACGUGAACCAGAGGGAGCUGCCUUUAUAUGGACAAGUGGAGGCUCAUGUAAGGCUGCAAACCAGAGUUUCUGAACAUGCAGAUUUCUACAUUGUUGUACAAGGCUCUAGACUUGCACACGUGAUUAGAGCAAAAAGAGCCAAUGAUGGCUUGAGUCUCUGCUUCACAGUUCCAGGCCACAACCUUGAGGAAGUUGUUUCUGUCACAUCCUACUUUCACAUUGAGAACAAAGUCAAACCUUGUGAGGGGGAAGCGUCCUUUAAGUACGCCAGGGAUGAUGCCCAGGAAGUAGCAGAAUACCUAAGUGAAAACAGAGACCAGCUUGACCCCCAGAGCUUCUUAGAGAUCCUGAAGAAGUUUCCUUGUUGCGCACAGGGAGAGGAUGAUGAGCUCUUUGUUGAACAGUUAGCUCACCUUGAGCAGGAGGUGGAGAUCAAUAAAAGUUCAGCUGAUCUUCGGCUGCUGGAUGAGAAGAUCACACAUGCUUUGGCUAACAUGGAUUACCCUCAGCAGUGGAAAACAGAUGGCCAACCUAAAGAAGCUGUCAAACAUCAUCCCAGAGAAACCCUUCUCCACGUUGCGGUGCGUUUGGGUUUGGUUCACCUUGCCCAAUUCUUAAUUCACCAACCAAGAGGUCAAAGGGGAUUGACCUUACCCAAUCAGGAUGGAGACACACCCCUCCAAUUGGCUCAAAAGUCUGGACAGCAUGCCAUGUUCAUGCUGCUAGCAGCCUCUCCAGGUCCUGCAGUCAGCCCUCUUCCUGGUGUGUGGUGCUUGUGGUCCAACAGUUCUUACAUGCUGAGGUUCUGUCCUGGGACCGACUCUCUAGCCCUCUCUGUGAGGCAUACCCCGGGAAGCUCCCCUCAGGAUAGCAUCAUGGUCCUGCGAGAAAGACUAGAAGACUUCAGUGUUUCUAAAAUGAUCAAUGUGCUCAGAGCUGAUACUGUGGUGGGCAAGAGGGAUACAGAUGAAGGUGUUCAGACUGACAAAGGCAUCAACAAGGAACAACAUGUGAAAGAGCAUGUGCUCGUGGACAGUGUUUUUGAAGAGCAGCUCGUCCUGUCUUUAGAUGACGAUGAUGAUGAAGAAGAGUACUCAUCCUCAUUAUCUGUAAAUGGAGAUCGCAUGCCGUCCAGUGAAGUACAGAGCCAGUUCACUCAGGAAGCUGCCCACCCUCUGCUCUCUGCGAUCCACAGCAGCGGCCACACCAUCGCACAGGCGAAUGAUGUUGACAUUAAAUACAAUGUCAGCGGAGUGACGAGGGACAGUACAGGGACAGAUGGCAGUUUAUGGGAUACCAUCAACUCGGAGGAAAUUCUUUUAGCCACCGAUACCCCUCCGCCCUUUUCAGAAGACUUCUACCCAUCCUCUGCAUCCGGCUCUCCCCUGCUUUCACCUGUCGAUCUGGCCCUCACAAGGCUGAUCCGUCCCGCCUCCUCCGAGCAGGCCGAUCAGAGAGGCAGUCCACCAAUGGAGACCUGUGACCUCAGUCCCAGUCUGGUGGCUCUGGAAGUGGACAGUGAAGAAGAAAGCGUCGGGCCAAAGUCUCCACUUUCCCCACUCUCAUCCGAUGUGGAGAGAAGUGAAGACAAAGAGGAAACUUUCCCUCUUCCCUCUCCUGAUCUCACUUGCACCCGCAGCCAGUCUGCAUCAGCAUAUGAACCCACUUCACAAGAACUGGUUGACGAGGGCCUUCGAUUGCGAUCAUAUUCCUACUCCUCCAAAAUCAGCUUACGUCCGGCUCGUUUUACUCGAGAUAACCAAGCCUCAGAUAUCAGCCCCGAUGCCGUGCACCACAGUGUCAGCCACAGCCGAUCUCUUCUUCAGGCCCUCUCUCUGUCUAAAUCUCUGUCUUUGCUCCACCCUGGUAAGCCAAGAGCCUCCAGUAUAUCAGAUCAGUCUCAUGAGAAAAGGGAGAUCAAGUUUCGUAAGCGUGCCCAGUCUGCUGAUGAUGAAGGCAGCAUGGAGCUGGCAGAGUCCCUACAACAUCUCACCCUGUCUGAGUUUCUCAAAGAAAUUGAAGAGGAGGAGUUGGAUAAAUACAACAUUCCAGCCAAAACGGAGUCGGAGAAGUACAAAGUCAUCCGCACAUUCAGUUUUCUCAAGAGCAGGAUGUCCAGUACACGUAACAAAAGCAAGGGGAAAGGGAAGGACAGAGAAGGCAAGGACAGGCAGCCGAAUGGACAUCGCUUUGCGACAGGGUCCUGUUUAGGCCCCACGGUGUGUGUGGUGUGUGACAAACCAGUUUCUGGAAAGGACCUACUACAUUGCUCAACUUGCACUGCGAUUGUCCAUAAGGGCUGUAAGGAAUCUGUCCCCCCGUGUUUAAAGAAACAUCAGGAAAAAUAUGCCGUGUCCAUGGUGAAGAACAGGACAGCAUCCCUUCCACAGAACUUCACAGUGAGAGACAGCCCUCCUCACUCAGUGAUCCCCACUUCUACCUCUCUACCCGUCAUGACUCCCAAGGAGAAGAAGGACGCCGUGUCGCAGUCUCUCUCACGAAGUUUCCCCAACGUGGAAAGCCAACUCAUUGAGAGUUCAGAGACAGAGUCCGAUACCCUGAAGCUGAGCAGCCAAUCCGAAGAGCUCCUGCCAACUCCAGUGUCUUCCACCUCCACCGAGUCGUCCUUUGGAGAGGACUGCACAGACUCAUACAUCCACAGUGACAUAUCAGCUGAUUCUGUGGAAUAUGAAGCUGAAUCAUGGAGCCUGACGGUUGAGCACAAGUUCUGCAAGAAGCAAGACAAACGAGCUGUCAAGAGGCAGGAUGUAAUCUAUGAGUUGAUGCAGACCGAGCUUCAUCACCUGCAAACUCUGCACAUCAUGGCCGAGAUUUUCCGGCGAGGCAUGAGACAAGAGGUGCAGCUGGACACCGAAGCGGUGGAGCGAGUCUUCCCCUGUCUGGAUCAGCUGCUUCUCUUUCACCACGCCUUCUUUGCCACCAUGAAGGAACGGCGACACAGCUCGACCCAGCCUCAGGGCCACAGGAACUACCUCAUCCAGAGAAUAGGAGACAUCUUGCUCCAGCAGUUCACGGAUGAGAACGGGGAGAAGAUGAAGCAGGUAUACGGGGAAUUCUGCAGCCGCCAUAAUGAAGCUGUCAGCUUUUUCAAAGAGCUCCAACAACAUAACAAAAGAUUUCAGACCUUCAUCAGGCAACAAGGGAAUAAUUCUUUGGUGCGACGGAGGGAAAUCCCAGAGUGCAUCUUGCUGGUAACCCAAAGGAUUACAAAGUACCCAGUGCUGCUAGAGAGGAUUCUACGCUAUACUCAAGAGGAAACAGAGGAGCACACAGACCUUUCGAAAGCCCUGGCUCACAUUCGAGAGGUGAUAGCAGCCGUGGACAUGAGGGUCAGCGAAUACGAACGGCACCAGAGGCUACAGGAAGUCUUUAAUCGCAUGGAGAACCGCAGCGCAGCUAAGCUGAAGAGCGGACACACCUUCCGCAAGCAGGAUAUGAUGGGGCCCGGACAAGUGCUCAAACACCAGGGGGUGCUCCUGUGGAAGACUGCCACCGGGCGACUCAAAGACGUCCUGGCGCUGCUACUCACAGACACCCUCAUCUUCCUCCAAGAAAAAGACCAGAAGUACACAUUUGCAACUGUGGACCAGAAGCCUCCAGUGAUUCCACUACAGAAGUUAAUAGUUCGGGAAGUAGCGAACGAAGAGAGAGGGAUGUUUCUGAUCAGCGCCUCAGCGGCUGGACCAGAAAUGUAUGAGGUCCACACGUCGUCCAAAGAGGAGCGAAACACAUGGAUGAGGCUCAUUAGAGAGGCCGUAGAGAGCUGUCCGGAGGACGAAGAGGAAUACACAAGUGAAUCGGACGAGGAGAAGCGAGCUGCCGAGGCUCGUUUUCAGAAGAUCCAAAAGCUACAAGAGAGCCUGACGAGCCAGGACCAGCAGAUCUGCUCUAGCCUGGCGGAGAAGCUGCAGAUCUACACACAGCUCUCUGUUCUGAGUGGGAGGAUGGAGGCUUCGCUAGCUGAACCGCGACUGCUGGUGCAGCCACACUCAGAGGAGCUUCUCCAGGCUUCUGCGCUGCUGACCGCUGCGCUGCAAGAAGCUGAGAACCUAAAGGCCAUGUUAUCGUCCAAGGCCCGUUCACUGUCGAGUCACAGCCAGAACUCUGACACAGACUCCGUGUUUCCUGUCAGCCCUGCCGUACCCGUCGAGCCCUCAGACUCUUUGGAGGUCUCGCCUGAAGACCCUCGGGGCAGCGAGGGGAGCUGGCCUGAGACCUUUGUAUUUCAGUCCACAACUGACUUUCAAAAAGACAAUCGAGGCGACGUUGACUUGAAGGUGGCUCAGAGUGUCCAAAACCUGACUCAGUUGCUGUACAGUCUGCAGGCUGCGGUGACCAUCCAGGACAGCUGCUAUGAGGUCCAGAGGCUCCUUCUCCAAGAGAGCGGCCGCCCUUCCCCUCGUGCCCAACGGCUGCAUCUCCCAAGUGUCCGGGGCAGCGCCCUCCAGGAUCAGGAGAAGCAACGUAACCUGGAGAAGCAGAAGGAGGAGGCGGCGGUGGCCCAGCGGCUCCAUGACCGCCUGCGCCAGGAGAAGGAGCGCUGGGAGCGAGAGUGCCAGGCUAGGAAGAGUCAGCAGGGGGCGCAGGAGAGCAUGCUGGAAGAGAGGGAGAGGCAGUGCCAGGUGGCAGCGGAGAGGUUGAGACGUGAACGUGUAGAGCUGGACGAGCAGCUCGAGGAGUACCAGCAGAACCUGGAGAGACUCAGGGAGGGCCAGAGGAGCGUGGAGAGGGAACGAGAGCGCCUGGAUGAGCAGCAAAAGCUGCUGCAGUGCUGGAAGCACGGGCCGCAGGACAGCCCUCCAACUGCGAAUCCUCACAUGUUCAUCCCACUUGAUGGACAGCAGGACUCGGCAUCAAGUCCGUCCAGAGGCCAUACCGGUAACGGCUCUGUGUUUGUGAACGAGGCCGCGUUAGCCAGUACCAGCGUCAACAACCGCCAUGUGCACCACAGAAGAAAUGAUGCUAGCACACACAAUUGUCUCAACUCCCUGCUGGCCCAAUCCAACGGCAGACAGCCUUCUGGAGCUAAGACUCCCCACGGCCAACACUCAGACUCCCAGGGAUGGAUGAUGGGGACUGGAUACCUCUACAGCACUGCAGGAAGGCAUGAUCACAGCUACAAUGGGGAGACCUGGUCACUAACAGCAAGUGGAACUGACCCGUAUCCGGUGCGCCCGCAUCCCGGUGACCCUCAGCUGGUUUCCCUGGAGACCGACAGUGGAGGAGAGGAGGGCAGGGAGGAAACUAUUGUGUACCUAUGAACGUUGGUGCAUUUCAAACUCUAAAAAAACACCCGGUGAAAGACAUUCACAAUCAGCAUCAGUACUGGACUGUGCCGCCUUAAGAAAGCAUUUCUGUUUUUUUACAUUUGUUUUUCGGCAUGCUUGUUUUCUACCAUUGAAAGGUUAUUUUGGUCUUUUUUUGUAAACAGUUUCUGGCAACAUUGAGAGAGAAACAGACUCUGUCUCACUUGUCAUGCACCUUAGCUCAAAACACCACUGAGUGUUCAGUGUUCCUUGUUUUCUGUCUUCUUCUUCUGUGUCUGUGUGUCUGUGUAUAUAUCUGGCCAUAUAUUGACUGUCAAAUCCCCUGCAGCCCUUUUCCCCUUCUCUGCUUUUUACCGUCUCUCCCUUUUCUCAGGUCCUGCAUAUCUCACCCCUCCAGCGCUAUAUUUAUUAUUGUUCCCACUGAGUGAGAGAAAAGCAUAUACUCCAUAUCAGUGAAACAUCAGCCUGGAUCUCUCAGGUGGGCGAUUGCUUUCCCUUGGAGUAAACUGUCCCUGUUUCAUUCAUCAGACAGGUCCUGUUUAUUUACCAGCUAAAGAGCAAUGGGGAGCACAGAUCAUUAGAAAUGAGAGAUGAGAGCCGACAACAUCAGUCCCACGUUUUGCAGUCUUGCCGUCUCAUUUAUUUCCUUUUAUCUGAAGCAUGUUUUUCUUGUUUAAAAAAUAAGCCCAGUUAUGGUCUUAGUGGGGAUGUUGCAGCUGGGCUAAUCUGUCAGUUUUAUCAGGGCGUAGAAAUGAGAAAUAAGCUUUCGAGCACUUGAGUAUUAUUUCCUGCAAUACACAAAAGCACACUCGCUCAAACCGCCUUAAGUCCUGAAGUCAAAAUUUAGCCUGGCUCUUUGGAUUGUCCAACUGUCCAUCAGAAAUGAAAUGAAAUGUCCUAAAAGCUGUUGGAUAUAUUUCCAUAACAUCUUCUAAAGACAUUUGUGAUCCUGCUUGACACUUGGCUGGAACGUCUUGACAAAUAUUGGUGGGAAUGUCAUGACCUUUGGUACAAACGUUAAUGAUCUCCACAGGAAAAAAAUGUCACCGUAAUUGAGCCUUUAGCAUUUCAUCUAGUGUCAUGUUCAGGUCAAACAUUUAAAAGUGGCAACAGACUUCAGCACCCGCUGUCACACCCAUCACAUCAUCUAACUGGGGAGAGCAACCACUCACUAAUGGCUCAGUCACACUAGAGUAAAGAAACUGCUCUAGUAAAAAUAAAAUUGCAUCCUACUUGUGACUAAAGUGAUAAUUGGAUUGAUUUCUUUCUUUUUUUUUGUGCAUUCAGCGACUAAUUGGAAGUAGUUAGCUUGACCAACUGGUGCAACACCUUCAACCUCUGGGUGACGACUUUUUAUUGCAAGAAGAUUGCACAGGUCACCUGGUAAGGCAUACCUGUCUCCAAACAGUCACAAGCUUGGAUUGAAAUCACUCAGACACAUUUGUCAAGGGUUGCAAAUAACUGGCACCUAAUUUAUAAACACAGACAUAUUGCCAACAAAUUGGAAUCAGUCCGAGUCAGUCUGUGCCAAUAAGUGAAAUUCGUCUUGUCUUUUGCAAUAUGUACUCGAACUGGUUGCCAACUGGUUGUAGUCUAGUUAUAUGUCUACAUAAAAGCAAGGUUGAUUUUAAGUGCCUGUGUCCUUUUCAGUGAAAUUGCUGUCAUGUAGUAACUACUACAUUCCUGUUUUAAAUCUAUGGCUGCACUCUGAAUGUAAGUAGCUAAUGUUCAUUGCACAUAUUCGAAUAAUUUCAGUCAUGCAACUAUGUCCGACCACAGUUAUUCCUUGCCUGAUUAGUGCAUUGUAAUGGGGAAAGUGCUUACUGCUUUUUAGUCCAGAUUUAGUACCAGUGGCAGGAAGAACUGCAUAGUUACAGUGAUAUUUUUUGGCAGCAAGCCUAAACACUGUCAUUUCAUAGCCAUUACAAUGUGCUUCUUUCAUAAAACCAAAUGUCCCUUUAAUUUUGCAAAUGCUACAGUUUUGAACAGUUCCUGUAAACAAAAUGACCUAACGGGUCUCUCUUUGUACUUAGUGCUGAUUUAGUAAUAUUAGUGUGCUAAGACCCUAAACUAAGACUGAGGAACCAUUGAACUACAGUGCUUAAAGUUCAGCAUCAUAAAUAUGUUUGCUCAGUUUAGCUGUCUUUCUUUGCUUGCUUCAUAGGGUGAAAAAUGUAUUAAUAUAAAUAUCCUCCCAAGUGCCCAGAACAAUAAGAAGUUGCCUUAUUGAUGCUCUUGUGCUCUGUGCUGAACUAUUACAAUGCAGCUAGCAUUUACAUAUUGCUUCUCCUGACGAUUUUUUAUUUUUUUUGUAUCAAAUGUGCCAAUGCUUUAGGUGUCUCCUAGUGUUUGUACAGGCACUAUAACAUGAAUCUUGUUUGAUUUCUGUUGUAGUGUAAUCAGACCACAAGGCAGUGGAGUAUUUUGAAGUUUUGACUUAAUACCAUGUACAUAACUUAUGUGCUUUUAUUUAUUUAUUAAAAAAAGUCAUGUUUUACUGUGCGGUGUGAAGGGUUCUAUUGCACAAAGACGUGAACGUGUGUAACCAGGUCUAUUUUCUUGUUUUGAGCUCAUGUGUUGUACAUUCUUGACUUUACUGAUAAAAUUGCAUUUAAAAAGAA